AUGACUUUCUUUUCUUUUAUUCCUGUUGUCAGGCCAAGACCAGUAUUAUCGCCUUCAAGAUUCUUCACUCCCUUUGUAGUAGCUUUAAUUGUCAUAACAACAGUAGGACUACUGGCCAUGAUUGUAGGUCUACUUAUUCACUUUUUAGCUUUUGACAAGAAAACUUACUUUUACCAUAGUAAUUUUCAUAUCAGAAAUGUUGAAUACACUGAAGCUUUGAGUUCACCAGCUACACAUGAAUACAGGAACUUGAGUGAGAGAAUUGAGUCUAUGAUUACUAAUGCAUUUCAGAAAUCAAAUCUAAGAAGUGAGUUUAUCAGAACACAUGUUGUCAAACUGAGGAAAGAAGGGAAUGGUGUGGUUGCAGAUGUUGUCAUGAAAUUUCGAUCUAAUAAACAUAACACUAGAAGAUCAAUGAAAACCAGGAUUCAAUCUGUGCUACAAAGGUUGAGUAACUCAGGAAACUUGGAAAUAACUCCUUCCAAUGAGAUCACAUCAAUCACUAACCAGGAUACAGAAAAUUUCUUGACUCAAGAAUGUGGAGCCCGUCCGGACCUUAUAACCCUGUCAGAAGAGAGAAUCCUUGGAGGCACACUCGCUGAGACAGGUGACUGGCCCUGGCAAGUCAGUCUACAGCUCAAUAACGUCCACCACUGCGGAGGCCUGCUGAUCAGUAACUCAUGGGUCCUGACAGCAGCUCACUGCUUCCGAAGCUACUCUAAUCCUCAACGAUGGACUGCCACCUUUGGUAUUUCUACAGUCCGUCCUAUAUUAAGAGUGAAAGUAAGGGCUAUUUUAGCCCAUGAUGGUUACAGCUUCAUAACUCGUGACAAUGAUAUUGCAGUUGUGCUACUUGACAGACCUGUCACCUUCACCAGAAAUAUCCAUAGGGUGUGUCUCCCAGCGCCAACCCAAAGUGUCACCCAUGGGUCAGUGGCAUAUGUCACAGGAUGGGGAUCUCUCACUUAUGGAGGAAACACAGUCACACAUCUACGGCAAGGACAGGUCAGAAUAAUAAGCAAUGAUGUAUGCAAUGAACCAGCCAGCUAUGGCGGAAACGUCUUGCCUGGGAUGCUGUGUGCUGGAGUGCCUUCAGGUGCAGUGGAUGCAUGCCAGGGUGAUUCUGGUGGCCCGUUAGUACAAGAAGACUCUCGGAGGCUCUGGUUUGUUGUGGGGAUUGUGAGCUGGGGGUACCAGUGCGGCCUGCCCAAUAAGCCAGGAGUGUACACUCGAGUGACGGCCUACCGUGACUGGAUUAGACAGCGCACGGGAAUCUAG